UCUGUCUCCAAACCAUCUGUGCCGGUCACAUCUUCCAUUCUCUUCCUUUCUUUCGUCACUCCUUCACUCACCAUGAAGUCUUUCGUUUCUCUUCUUGCUUUCCCCGCCUCCUCGCUGGCUGGAACCGUGCUGUGGAGCGGCAUUUUCAACUCCUCCGCCACUGUCGCGGACUUCGAUGACUGGUCCUGGUCUAACCAAAUCGAACCGUGGCAAUGGUACAUUUAUGGCACGGGCAACACCUCGGAGUAUCUGGGUCUCUCCACCGACUUCAAGAACCCCGCCGAUACCAGCGACGCCCAGGGACUGCGCAUCAGCAUUGAUGGGACCUCUUUCUGGGAAGGCCAAACGAUGGAGCGAUCCGAGCUGAUCCCCCAGACCACGGCCGAUCUCGGAUCUGGCCACUUAUACUACCACUUCUCCCUGUCGACCAAGACCACUAAUGCCCCCAACGCCUCGUUCGAACACCAGAUCGCCUUUUUCGAGAGCCACUUCACCGAGUUGCAGUACGGUCUGGCCUCCGGAGCCUCGGGAUCUUCGGACAACACUCUGCGCUGGAACGCAGGCGGCGAGACCCAGUGGUCGGUGCAGCUGGAGGCCGGCAACUGGUACAACUUUGCCUAUGACAUCGACUUUGACGCGCAGACGGUGGGUCUGUGGGCGUCCAACGGCUCAGACCCUUUGACUGAGGUGGUUUCGCCGGUGAGCGCGUCGGCUUCGUCCAACUCGGCGGACUGGCACGUCGGGGAGCUGCGUCUGCCCAACGGUGGCUCCAACGAUGCGGCGGAGGAUUGGUACUGGUCGGGUAUUUAUAUCGAGGAGGCUCCCAUUACCAAGGAGAUUGGCUCUGGUAGCUCCUCCAGCUCCAGCUCCAGCUCUGCGGACGCCUCUAGCGCUGCCAGCUCCGUCAGCUCGACCAGCUCUUCUACUUCUGCUCUGCCCGAAUCCACUGCGGAGGCCUCCUCGACCAGCACCACCGCCUCAGCUGCGACCACUGUAACUUCAACCACCGCUGCUGUCCAGACGACUGCCGCAACCGUCGCGCCCUCGGUUGCAUCUUCAGUGACCACCAGCUCUGUCUCCACCGCUGCUGCAGCGGUGACCUCAGCGGUGGCUCCUUCAGCGACGAUCGAGGUUGCCUCGACUGCCACGGCUUCUGCGGCAGUGCUGCCCACUCCCACCACGGCUACCGAAGUUCUGGAUGAUAUCCGGGCCCUUUUCAGCGCACUCAUCUCUCGUUCCAGUGGGAACCACGCGCGGGACUUUGCGCGCCGUGGCUAAUCCUGCUGAUGGUUGUGGCUUGAGAGCUUCGUGUUUGGCAGUGUUCGUGGAAGGAAGAGGGUAGGAGUUCGACGCGGGUUUGAGGAGCUGG